UUCAGCAGCACAGCAGCGUCGCGUCUACCCACAGCUCCAGGAAUGGACUGACUUUCUAGCUUCACCACCACUGACAAAUCCACUCUGUUUCUUCACGACUCCUCGGAUAAACGUUCAGAGUUUAACUCAAGCCUGGGAUCAUUUUUUAAUUUGACGUCGACUAGCCGUCUGAGCGACAACACAGGCUGUCUUUUCACUCGCGCGACUUAUUUGUAGCCACUGGACGAAACUGGAUUGAACUUAAACGAACCCGCAGACAUUUUGUUAUUUCUGAGAAUUAUAGCGUUUCUCUCUCUCUCUCUCUCUCUCUCUCUCUCUCUCUCUCUCUCUCUCUCUCUCUCUCUCUUUUUUCAUCAGUCGCAGCUGGUCGAAGCGAGCGAACUGAAAGCUUUAAAGGACCGCCACAAGGCGAAGGAAGAAACCAUUACCCUCACUGCUCGCCCACUAAAUCCAGACACCACUGUGUUCAUAUCGUUUUUUAAUUUACCACGCGUUAAAGGCGGAAGGCUCGCAACUGCGAUGGAUCAUUUUGACUGACAGCUUCUGAAGAAUUAGCUAGCUUAGCCAGUGAGGAACCAGCGCUGGUGGUGGUUUCCUGUUUACAGACGCAGUAAAUACGGGCUCGGGACAGGUAACCGUUACAGCUGAAUGGUCUUGCAUCACCCAGACAAGACAGCGACUGUUUUACCUUGCAAACGACGGCAAAGUGCAUCACUUAUAUUCGGCUUAAUUUUGGAGUGGGGGUUGCUGGCUACCGUUAGCUAGCUAGUCAUCCUGCUACCGCUGGACAGCUCCUGUGUACGGCAGGGCUAACGUUAGCUUUGGACAAAGGACCAACGCAAGGAAAAAUAUAAACACAGGGCACUCAGUCGAUCGUGUUUGGGAAGGAAAGCUACAAACAAGGAAUUGACAUGAUGUUUCCACAAUCAAGACACUCAGCUUCAUCGCAGCAGCUGAAAUUCACAACCUCGGACUCCUGUGACAGGAUCAAGGAUGAGUUCCAGUUCCUCCAAGCACAAUACCACAGUUUGAAGCUUGAGUGUGACAAGUUGGCCAGUGAGAAGUCAGAGAUGCAGCGCCAUUAUAUCAUGUAUUAUGAGAUGUCCUACGGGCUCAAUAUUGAGAUGCACAAACAGGCUGAGAUAGUGAAGAGAUUGAACGGGAUCUGCGCACAAGUCCUCCCCUACCUGUCUCAGGAGCACCAGCAGCAGGUCCUGGCAGCCAUAGAGAGAGCCAAGCAGGUCACCCCCCCAGAGAUGAACUCCAUCAUAAGGCAGCAGCUCCAGGCUCACCAGCUGUCUCAGCUCCAGGGCCUGGCCCUGCCCAUGACCCCCCUGCCGCUGGGCCUGAGCCAGCCAACCCUCCCCGCCGUCACCACCUCCUCCGGCCUCUUCUCCCUCUCCUCUCUGCUGGCCUCCCAGGCCCAGCUGGCCAAGGAGGAGAAAGCUUCGCGUGACGGAGUUGACAGCCACCGCGAGGAGGACGGAGACAAGUCUGAUUAGAUGGUGUCCCCAUUCAGCUCUGUUUUUGUCCAGAGACCUGAAUCCCCAGAUCUGAGCCCCCUUGGUCUACAGCCUCUCCCCUGGUCUCCCUCUCUCUGACCUUAGCAACAUGGGCUUCAAUCCCAUCACCACAGCUCCAGCUACAGGCCCCUAGCCAACUCUGGCACCCGCCCCUUAUGUCAGACUAGUCCUGAUCGCUUCAUAUUUACCAUCCUUGGGUUGUUUCUUUAUUCUCCCUUCUCUUAUCACCAUCACAGUGUCUCCUGUGUCUUUUCUCCAAAUACAGUCUCUUUUUUUUUUUUUUUUUUUUUUGUAUGUGAUUAAGCUUGUUAUUUUUACUACUUUUAUUUUUUACACUUUCUUACUGCUUUCUAUUCCUGUUCCUUCCUGCCUUCCUGUCGCUCUGUCUCUCAGUUCUUAUUCCUGUUGAGUUUCUGUUUGUUUUUUUCCCUCAAUGCCUCUCUUCCUCCCACUCUCACCCACCUCUUGCCUCUGUUCUACAGUAAGCCUGUCCUUGUUAUGCAGGACUGAUCCUGAGACUCAACGCACUGUACUGUAGGUGUUAAAACAAGCUAAAUGUUAAACAGGGAUUCUUUGGCAAGCUGCAACACUUGUCAGACACAACACAGGAUUCCUACAAACUUCAUUUUCCCAAGAAAGAGGAGUGUGGAGAGUGGCAGAGAUCAGUAGUGGUUAUAGUUUUGGCAGUACAGAUUGCAUGCAUUCAUUCCAAGCUACAAGUUGGUUUUGAGUUUAAACGGUGGAUUGCUAUGGAUCAGAGAAAUGUUUAAAUAGUGCCCCGACUAAAGAGCGAAACCUCCCAACGACGCGUCCUAACCGAAAACCAGCAGACGUGUUGUAUUGAGAAGACAAUUUGAGAGAUUUCUGUAUACUCCUAAAUUUAUACUGAGAAAGGAAAAGCACCUUCUUAGAGCAAACUUCAUGCUGAGAGCUGUCAGAUUAGAGAACAAACCCACCUAAUUUAGUAAUCUCCUCCUCCUCUCCCCCCCCUCCCUCCCUCCCUCCCCGUUUUGCAAUCCUUGCCUGACCCUGUGAGGUACGCUACAUAAAUCUACCCAGCACCUUAACUGAAAGGCACCAUUUUCUUCAGUAGUUAAAUAAACAGAGAUGUCGUUUGCCUCCUGCACCCCCCACCACCUUUUGCAUCUUUAAUGUGCACUAAUAUUAGAGCAGGUUACUGAGUGGGGAGUGUGCUUGUUGUGUGUUUGACAGCAGAGGGCAGUGUGUAUCUUCCAGAGCAAACAAGGACAGGACAAGUACAGGCUGUGUCACAAGAGGGAAUGGCUUAUUUAUCCACUCUGUGUGUACAAACUUAAUAUACAGAGACUAGACUGGUGACAUUAAUCUCCGCAUGCAGUCAGUCCCAGUCUCUGUCAGGAUCCAGGUCUUGAGAACCAUCUCAUCUCAGCGAGACACAGAAACACAGCUGGACCCGUGCUUUUGAUCCCUCUGUAAAUCCUGAUUUAAAUACUAUACAUUUUGAUUCACUGUACAUAUACAGGUCUGUCACAUAUCAGACUCCCACUACAUUACGCAGGCGGUUUAACACCUACGUGCAACGCUUAGUGGGAAGUCUCCAUGACCUAACAAAAUGAUAUCGGUGCAGAUCACACGGAUGAAGCGCAAGUGUCCUCCACAGCAGCUCCUAUGAGUUUAUAAAAAAAAUAAAUAAAAAAAAAACUCCCCCGCAGCUUCACAGGCCCUGUUUUCAAUUAGCUUGUCUCAUUAGGCCUCUCGUCAGGUGGAAGUUGGCUGGAACUAUGCUGGGAAUAAUGGGAUGUCUCCACACUCUGACUGCGUUUUGAAAUCUCAGUGUCAGAAUUUUAAUAACUCCCUCAAAAAUUCCCCGGUGGCCCAGUGGUUAACACCCGUAUCAAAUAAUCACUACAUCCCCAGUUUGAUUCUGGAAGUCGGUGCAACACAACAAAAACACACUAUAGUCCAUUUCAUUUGGGUUUAAUUACUUAACACUGAACGUGAGGCAUCCAUGUUCACAAGUCGGAUAUGUUAAAAACUUUCAGAAAAAUUCUCCUCAGUCCUACUUACAACAACACUUAACACUAUUUACAGGUUGUAAACCGUAACCCCAAUAUGACACAAACGCACCAGAACAGUGAAACCACUAGCAGUUUGAGGCCGAUUCUAUGUGUAAACACCCUUUCGUGGCUGGACUAUGGACGUGUAGAGCCUUUGACGGGUCUAGUAGCAGCUUAUUUAUACAAGAUGAGAUGAAACUGAACAUGGACCCCUCUUUAGCGGCAAACCUACGUUUCUAGGAGAGGUAGCCUCAUUGGUGAUCAGACCCCCCUGACCGUGGCGCUGUUGAUCCACACAUGAUUAUUUUUUUUUUUGGCGGCGGUGGCCUGUGUUUGUGCGAGUGUUAAUUUGAAGACAGCCCGUCCAUGAAGUUGUUUUUAUACCAAAUCCACAGACAUAGAGAGACACAGAACAUACACACACAUGCCUUUUCUUAGCCUCCCCUCUCUGAUAUAACGGCUACACUGUAAGAAUCAAUUGAUGUGAAGUGUGAAAUAAACAAUACUUAAAAAAAAAAACACCACCACUCAAAACGGUAUUUGGCAUGAUGAUGAUGAUGAUGAUGAUGAUGAUGAUGAUAAAGCACAUUGUAUUGUGGAAGUCAUUUAGAAAUCAAAAGUAUACAAAUUGCACGUUAAGGCAUUCAGAAUAAAACCCUUAAUGUGUUUAAAAGUUCAGAUGACCUGCCGUCGGUGACAUUGGUGGGUAACCCCUUGGAUGAUGCCCGUAGUUGUGUAUGUGCGUGAACACAAACGAGGUGUGUAUAAACAGUUGUACAGGCUUGACACACAGAGAUGAAAUGUUCUUACUACAACUAAAGCUAACAUGCUAUUCUGCUUGCGAAUUAAGCUGGCAGCACAUCGUCCUCCCACGCGCUGUAUGUGUCUGGCUGCAUACUGUACUCAUCGUAGUGAUUGGCAGAGCGUGUAGACAAAGCGACACACACACACACAUAAACGCACACAUCAAUGCAUGUUUGCGGGGAACCCAAGAUUGAUUUCUUUGUAGUGGAGACAUUUUUUUCAAAAGAAUGUUUGGUCCAAACUUUGUGAUCAAUGCACUUGUUUUUUGUUUUUUUUGUUUUUUUACCCUCUUCUCUGUUUUUAAAUAUUAAUCGAUAUGAACUAGAAUGAGAGUUACAAAGCUGACGUUAUAAACAUACAAAUGAAAUUCUAUGUAUUUGUUAAAUGUAGUUGGAGGCGCUCGCCUCUGUAUACAGUUAUACAUAGAAAGCUUUAUGUGUAUAUAGCUGCAUCUUUUCUUGUCUGUCCUGGAUGAUUUUUUGUGCUAUUGUGUUACAAAACUGAUGUGACACCAGGGGGGAAACUGCAGUACGUUGACCUUUUGCCCUUUAACCCCUCCCUUCUUUUCUGCCCCCCGCCCUCCCCCCCCA